UUGACUGCAAACCCAUCCGCUGUGCAGGAGAAGGGUUUUCUAGCACAAUGAUUGGAAGACUGGCCGCUCUGAUUCUUCUUGGUACAGUGUAUCUGAUUCAAACUGCAGAGGUUCCUCAACAGGUCUCUUUGACUUUGGUUGAACUUGGUGGAAAUGUUACGUUGUGGUGUCCAGUUUUCAGAGAAGGAUACUUUUACUGGUACAAGCAGACUUUGGGACAUAUGAUCCAAACAGUUGCUACAGUAACUUUCACUGGACAGAAACUUAGUCUGCAAUUGAACAACACACGUUUCAAAGUCACAGGAGGGAAGACUCAGUAUUCUCUUACCAUCAGAAAUAUAACCAAAGAGGACGAAGCAACAUAUUUCUGUCUCAUUGGAACAGCGUAUGGACAAAGUUUUGUCAACGUCACCUUCUUGGCUGUUAAAGAUCGUAAGCAGCAGAGAUCUUUCUACGUGAAACAAAGUCCGCUCACUGAGUCGGUCCAGCCGGGCGACUCGGUGACUCUCCAGUGUUCACUUGUCUCCAGGAACAAAGAAGACAGAGUCCAGUGUCCAGGUGAACACAGUGUGCACUGGUUCAGAUCUGGAUCAGGAGAAUCUCAUCCAGGCUUCAUUCACACUCACAGUGAUGCUCAAGAAGAAAGAAGUUGUGACUUCAGUCUGUCCAAAACUAUACACAACUCCUCUGAUACUGGGACCUACUACUGUGCUGUGGCCACAUGUGGAGAGAUCCUGUUUGGUGAAGGAACCCAAGUGGACACAAGACGCUGACAGAGAUGCAGUUAACUAUGCAGCACUGAAUUUCUCCAAAAGAAAAGUGCC